GUGAAGAGAGAAUGUGAACAUUUCAAAGCAUUUCGCAACAACGACAACACGUGAAUUUAUUAACAACUUCACCAUUUGCAUUUCAUUUCUUCUCUAUAACAUAACCUCUUCACACUUUCCCCAUUCUCUCUGCAAACUCUCAUUUCUUCCAUGGAUUUCUCCGCCGUCAUUCGAUCUUCUCACUGUUUUAUGUCCCACAUGCAAUCCUCACUUCAGAAACCAGUUGUAAUUCCCAUAAAAAAUAUUGUUGGAUGGAACUUUCAAAGAAGGACUUUCAUCCAGAGCUUGGCAAUAAGUGAUAAGCACAAUGAUUCUCACAACAAAAGGAAGAAAACACUAGUGUCUUGCUCGAAACCAACGGAAGCUAUUCAAACUACCAAGUCCGAGGCUUCUGUGGAUAGCGUUACAAAAGAAUCAGUGGAGAAAAAACCUUUGCCAACAGCUAUAUUUCCUAAUGGAUUUGAGGCUUUACUAACAGAUAUAUGCGAUGAGACUGAAAUUGCUGAAGUCAAAUUUAAGGUUGGAGAGUUUGAGAUGCAUAUGAAGCGAAGCAUUGGAGUAGCAGAUGCUCCAAUUUCCAACAUUUCACCAACUACUCCACUGGCUGUUCCAACUAAACUCAUAGUUGAAUCAACAACUUCAACCCCACCACCUAAACCAUCUCCAGGAACAACCAAUCCAUUUGUAAAUGACUCCCUUGAUAAGUCACCAAAGUUGGCUGCAUUGGAGGCAUAUGACACCAAAAUUUAUGUCUUGGUAGCAUCUCCUACGGUUGGUUCAUUUCGAAGAGGUAGAACUGUGAAAGGGAAGCAGCUACGUCCUAUGUGUAAAGAGGGUGAUAUAAUCAAAGAUGGACAAGUUAUAGGCUAUUUGGAUCAGUUUGGCACUUCGCUUCCUGCAAAGUCAGAUGUGGCUGGAGAAGUGUUGAAGAUACUCUUUCAGGAUGGAGAGGCUGUUGGUUAUGGAGACCCUCUUAUUGCUGUCUUACCAUCAUUCAACACUAUCGAGUGAGCCAGCCUUUCCUAUUGUUGAUGAUUCGUUAUACGCCAUUUAUUCUUUGUAUUUUGCAGCAAAUAACAUAUAAGCAUAUAGGCAAAUUCUUUUAACAGUAGAUUCAGAAAUAUUGAUCUUUGCAAAUAUAUUUGGCUAAAUUGGCAUUUGGCCAUAUAUGGUAUACUAGUUGCAUAAGCUAUAUUGUAUUAACUAUUUCAAGUUUUGUUAUCAUUUAUAAGAAGAUGCAGGCAAAGAAAAAAAGUACUCUGGUUUCUGAGUUUGCCUGCUUGCCCGAGUCCUUUUUGUGCCCCAAGUAUGUGUUCAAACAUGCUUGGAGAUAUUUGCACAAGAUAUGAAAGAUGCUCUCAUUAUUAAACAUAAUUUCCAGUAAUUGUUGAUUUUGAAAAUACCAUAGAUAUUUUGCUCGAUGCCUAAUAGAAGAAAAUGAUGAAACGUAUUUAAUGAAUGAACAAGGUCAACAAGAUUAUUAAGCAUCAACAUUCAGUCUUGUUUUGGACUCAGCUCCUCACUCUUCCUUUGAAUCAGCGUCUCUUUAACUUUGUGCAAGGCAUGUUGGAGAUUUUCCAGCUGUAUAUUUGACACAAACCAUGAGUCUAUCUUCGUAUACUUGUUUUAAUAUUUCAAUAAAAUGAAUGAGACAGUUCCCUACCUCUUGAUGAGCGAAUCUGUUACAUAUAAAUAAUCCACUAUAAAGAUCAAAACUAUCUCUCAUGGUGGUAUCCUUCUGCAAUUAAGUUGUGGUGUGUCAAUUAAUCAUAUACUCACUGUGUCAUGCGUAACUAAGAAAGCUUUUGGAUGAAGAACAGGAAAAGUUUGAAAACAAAAUGAUUGAAGGUGUACCAGUUGAAUAAGUGUCUGAAAGCCCUUUGUGUCAAUAGGUGUAGACUCAAUAUUCAUUUCUGCCAAUGUCCUGCCAAAAGAGAAGCCCAACAUUUUACCUACUGGUUAUGUAUAUCAGUAUAUGUUUGAUUUGAGGUUCAGAAUGCAGCUUACCUGCCUACUGUGUGUGUGAUAAACUGGCUCUUUGCAGCUAUUUUAUCAUGCUCCUCACAGGACAUUUGUAGCAUCCUACAAUCCUGUUCAAACAAAGUAGCGUGGAAUAAUUAAUCACCUAGGAUAAGUGUUUCAUUUGGAAUGCAAGCUGCAGUUUCCUAAUGUUGAAGCUUGAAGAGUCUGUUAAAAACUUGCUGCUGGAUUGAGUUGAGUUAAAAAAGAUUGAUUUGUAAAUUGUGAUAUGGGUAGAGCCUCCUGCUAAAGCUAUAAAAUUUAUGACUAUACCCUUGUGUCACUUUACUAUCAGUUGUUUUGAGUUAUGAUUUCUCUUCUGUAUUAAAUUUUUUAGAAUAUACUAAUGCUGAUUCUAAGUAUUGUUGGGUGAAAACUAAGUCCAUACUUUUACUAUUUCAUUGUCUGUACAAAUAGUUGGAAAGACUUGGUGAUUGAUGAUGAGUUGAUGACAAAUGACUAAAGAAUUAACUUACCUCACUAACAAAAACAUGGAGGAGAUUAGAGCAGGUAUCUUCAUCACGUAUUCUAACUUUAUCAUACAUGAAAGUGAGAUCUUUCCACCCGUCCUUUCCACUUUCUGGUCCAAACAUUGGAUGCGUGCAGAGUAUAUCCGACUCCUCUGGCAGUACCUGUUAU